AUGUCGAGAAGUAGAAAAUUAACCGCUGCAGAAGCAAAGCUGAAGAAAAAAGAGUAUGACAGAAAGCGAAGGGAAAAAUUGAAAAAUUGUCCUGAAGGUUUGGAGAAACUUAGAGAGAAAGAAAGACUCAAGUAUUUAAAGAAGAAGGAAAAAGGUCAGGUCAAGUCUGUAAGUGCUAUGAGUUCAAGAGAAAGAAGGCGGAAACAGAAACAAUGGCGAUUAAACAGUUUAAAAUACAGGGUGAAGAAUCAAAAAGUGCGUAAAAAUUUAGAAAGAUUGAUGAAUGAGACACCACCUGCCAGCCCGGUUUCACCAGCAAGACCUAGUUCACGAAUAAAUGCUGUUAAAACCGAAACUGUUGCUUUACGACGAAGGCGACAACUAAGAAAUCGACGCGCAAUAUUAUAUGGAAGAAUAGCAAAGUUAGAAAAAAAAUUAAAAGAAGAGGCUAGGAAGAGCGAAAAAUAUAGAAAAAAGUACACGCGGUUAAAUGACCGAAUAAACAGAUCUUCACCUGAGGCAAAGUGGUCUUUACAUGUCACUUGUGAUCUCGCUGGCAACCUUGCUCGUGAUCUUGCUCGUGAUCUCGCUCGCGGUCGUGCCCGUGAUCGUGCUCGUGAUCUUGCUCGCAGUCAUGCUCGUGAUCUCGCUGGCAGUCGUGCACGUAAUCUUUCCCGUGAUCUCGCUGGCAAUCUUGCUCGUGAUCUUGCUCAUGAUCGCACUCGUGAUCUCGCUCACGGUCUUGCUCUUGAUCUUGCUCGUGGUUUGGCUCGCGAUCAUAUAUAA